ACUGCUAUAACUUAUAUCGAGUCACCCGUUACUAAGCUUAACCAUGGGAUGGUGUGUACAUGUUCGGCAUCCCAUAACACAAACAAUUAUAUGCAAACGGUUGAUCACAUACUUAAUAUCAUUUUUCCACCAGAUGAAAAGCCAAAAGUACGCCAAUACAUUUCUGGACCGAUAGAUAGCGGGACAUCCGUUAAAUUAAUUUGUUCUAUUGCCGGCGGCAAUCCAUUGAGUACUCUCUCAUGGGACUGUCCAGGUAUCAAUUCAAACAACUCGACUGUAAAUACAGCAGUUUUGGAAGUUGAGUUUACAGUUGACAAAAACUACAAUGGCAGGAAUUGCAGUUGUUCUGCUACCCAUCCUAUUGCUACUUACAGGCCAAAAACAAGACAUGAACUAGUUGUGUAUUUUCCACCAGGUAAACCGAACUUGAUUAUGAAACCUGAAAUGCCUUGGUUCAUCGGAAACACAACAGAAGUGCAGUGUUUAUCUACAGUAGGUAAUCCCGAGUCCACAUUUGAAUGGAAAACAGAUGACAUAAUAUUGAAUGUAAAUGAGUCUGAGUUGAGUCUAGGACCGUUAACGAAACAUGACAAUAUGAAAACUAUUACAUGCACAGUUUCUAAUGAGUUUACCGAAAGACAGUCAAUAGUACUUACAUCAGAUAAUACUCUACUAAACGUUGAAUAUUUUCCUGAUAUUACCAUUGACAAAUCUCCAGAACAUAUCAUGGAAGGCAACAAUGCAACUAUAGUAUGCAGUGCUAGAGGCAAUCCUGUUCCUCACGUUCAGUGGUUUCAGCUAGACAAUAACAUAACAGAACCUCAAAUUAACCAGUCUGUUCUACAUCUGUUAAAUGUUGAUCGUUUAUUAGAUGGGAUGAUAUAUUCAUGCAAGGCAAUGUCCAGUUCUAACAAAUUUGAUUCUCUUUCAUCCGAGAAAACGACAAAAGCUAUAGUCUAUUAUACUCCCAAUAUAACAAAUCUCGAAGUUUUAAAUGGACAGACAGUAUCUGAAAACGAAGCUGUUACAUUGCGUUGUGAGGUUGACAGCAAUCCAGCAUCAACUCUCACGUGGCGGUUUGUAGGCAAUCCGAGCAUUCUACAAAAACAAGAUGAUGUGUCUUCCAGUAAUUAUAUCAUACCAAAAAUUAAGUGUGUCCAAAUGGGAACAUAUCAAUGUCAGGCUACAAACAGAAUUAAUGGGACAACUUCUAUCGAUAUAAAAGAUAUAGUUGUAUAUGUUUUAUGUAAGUAA